UAUCUCUGGCGGCAUAAAACAUAUAGGCCGAAAGUUGGUGGGGCUAUUUGAGACAGUCUCGCUACUGCAUGAAACACACCGCAAUGCAUUAAAAAGGGGAAAUCAGUUUUCAAAAUCGUUGAAUGAAUGGCAUGCAUGAUUGAUUGUUCCAUUGCACAUCAACCUGUGAAGAAAUAACAGAAAAAGGUCAAACGGUUUUGAGUAUAUACCGAUUUUCCUAGAUAACUGCAUGUUGUAUCGAAUGGCCGGCUACCGCACUGCAUCAAGUACGUAUACUGAAGGCUCACCUAGCAGUACUUAUACAUGAUAAUAACCUUCAGUGGUGCCUUCUGGUCAACCAGAGUAGACAUGGCUCGAUUACCAACCACGUCAGUGACUGAUGAAAUACAUUUGAUGCACAUAUUCACAAAGGUAGGUAAUAUCGUCACAAACUGGUUGGUCAUAUUAGGCUACAAUGUGCAAAUAUUGCUUGCUGCUAAAAGUACGUACCAUGAACCCAUGGCCGAUUCAGCGGUGUUUCUUAGGUCGAACGUUUGAUACACUUUAGGCAGACGGCGGUAAGUCUUUUCGGAUACAUCAUCACCUGUUUUAAGGGCCUUGGCAUCACAAUCAUCAGCUGUAUUUGGCAUACGUUGAGGUUUGACGAGGUUGGUAUUAUCGGAAUUCUGAGACAUUGGGUUACACAAUCGUCACUACCGUUAACAAUAUACAAUGUUUUCAUGAAAAAUGUGCUUAGCCCAUAACUAAAACGAUAGUUACGAUAGAUUCGGUUGUAAAGUUUUCAAACCUUCAACCAUGUUAAGCUGCAGGUAGGGGUACUUUUCGUAUAACUUAAAUUGUGUUUUUCUGUAUUUCUCGUUUCAUGCCAAAUUUCUUUCAAAAUUUUCAAAAUUUUCAAAAACCCCUAUCCAUGGAAUUCAUCGUUAAAUUCCACAUCACCCUGAGCCAAAAUUGAUAAGAAAUAUCAAACGGUUUUCAUUUUACAGCGAUUUUACUAAACCACUACCUUACUGUCUCAAAUAGCCCCACUGACUGUCUCAAAUAGCCCCACUUUACGGUAUCAAAGUUGUAGGUCUUUCAACAAACUAGCAAACGCCGUUUACCGUUUGUCGCUCCGAUUAGUGGUUUUUGAGAUCUGAAGGGGGUCGAAAAGGCCCCCGCCCGAUUCCGAGCCUUCCAGAGCCCUCCCGGAGUUGGGUUAUAACUUACCUUCGCGACAGGCGCACGUCACUCAGAAAAAGCUCCUGCAACCGGACGCAUCGAAACAGUCUAGCCUCCUCCACGUUUCCGCCUCAGUCAUCCUGUUACUGCUGUAUCUGCAGUCUGCAGUCACGCCAUUCCACUUCUAUUCUCCACUUAUCUCCAUGAUAUGCACCGCACAAUUCGAUAAACACCACUGAUUCUUCAUGAUCUGAGCACUGCCAAUGCGCUCCACGCCUCAGCCGACCAGACUGAGAAAAAUGGCGGCGAACGCUCACGCGCAUUCGUCCUUUUGCGCAUGCGCGAAAGGAAACCCCCGUAAGCUACUUAGAGAACACCUCCACGGAUAUUUUACACCUUUAAGAAGUAACGGGCGUCUUUUAAAAGUAUUUAAAAGGUAAUUGUAGGUCUCAAGGUGCAAACGUACCGCUUUGAUGUCGUUUUAAUACCUUCUUCGGUGUACAUAAACUGAUCCCAUUUUUUAUAGUCUAGAUAUACUUUUUGUACCUCAACGGUGUUUGAUAAACUAAUCACCUUCAUUUCUACUUCGAUAAAAAGAGAAGGGAUGUGUUAUGGAAGCGUACGACCAUUCUUUUGAAAAUACCACUCACUUUAAAUGGUGCAUUUGGCGUAAUUGUAGUCUCUGUACAAUAUUCAUGAAAUACUUUGGUGUAAAAUAAAUCAGCUCGGUGUUAAUAUUUUUCUGUGUGUACCAAACGCUCAUUCGGGUUAGCCAGGGAGAGCAUUCGCUUUUCCUUGCGAUGAAGUCACUUGAAAUGAUCUUUACCUAAGUAGCAUUUCAUUUAAUUAUUUUGGGUCAGAGAUUAUGUCAGAGUUAGUUGUUUACACUUUGUGAGAUAAAGAUGUAUCAUAAUGUACACUAAAAUCGACGGCAAACGUCUUAACAUUUUAGGCAUUCCUUUAGUGGGACGUGAUGAUGAUCCUCACGAUUUGGUUAGCCUACCAAUUUCAUUAGGUAAGUACCCAGUUCCUUCUGUAUCAAUUAAAUGUGUUCUUUGAAAGUUACCGUAAAGCUAUUGUCAAAAUUCUUUUAACAUCAAGAGUAAAUGAAAACGUGUUGAGAGUCUCAUUAUCGGUUCCACUUGUCGACGCUUCCCCUCAGAUGUUCUUUUUAAACUGCCGUCAUCAGUCUGCCCAUUAGCGACAAUUUGCGACGAUUAGCGAGAAUCUGCGCCGUUUACGGCGGCUGUACAGCUGGUGGUGACGGGGUGCCGAGGUUUGGAGAGGUGCGACAGGGCCACAGCGCUCAGUGGCCGUCCGCUGCUGCACUCCGCUGGUGGUCCUACCGCAGUCAGAAGCAGCCAUGGUGGGUCGUUCAGCCGCCCUCAUCCUGUCGUGCCUGCUGGUGGUCCAGGCCAGCGUCACACCCUCCGAGUUCCGAAUGGAGGACAUGGACGGCCCUCUCUACUGUCUCAUGGAGACAGGUGAAACCAAGGCGGUUCUGGCGUAUGCGUUCGCGCGCAAUCUGCCCGUCAUGCCCAGCAUCCACGCCGCUUCAACCUUCCUCGGCAGGGGCAUGGAGAACAUCGUCAACAUUGGCAAGAUGACGGAGCUCAACUGCACCGGCUGCGUUAUCAACCUCCCCGAGGACUGGGAGCCGGAGGACUUUGCCGACAAGCCGCUUCUCCAGCAGCCGGAGAAGCCGUUCCCGGUACCCUUCUAAUCGCACAGUGGCGUUGUUGCUUUGGUGUGCAAUAUGAUUAUUUGAUAUUGAUGGAGGUUAUUGUAAUAAAAAAACAAAGU